CGAGACGCCACGCCAGUGCCGCGCCAACCGUCACUGACGUGCGUCGUGUUGUCCGUCACAAUUUUUACGUGGAAAAACUUAUCGAGUGCUUUUUAAUAUCGAAAAACAAAUCGAGUUGCAUUAUAUAUAUCGAAACGAAGUGCUGUGAAAUAAGUGUGGAGUUGGAUUCGAGUUAAUGCUUCAAUUAGUUUAAGUAAAAGUGAGUGUGUGGACGUUUCAAUCAGAAGUAGAUUAGGCUGUAUGUACUGCUAGCUGUUUGUGAGUUGUGAGCUUGAGGCGUUACGGAUGUUGAAGCUGGUGUCCCCCGAGGUCCGAAUGGCGCUGCCGCUGCCCCGCGCGCCGGACCCGGUCCUAGCCGCCUACUGGGCCGACUAUGAGGACCUCUCUCGGCUCAGCCAGACACAUACGGACGACGACGACAAUCUAUAUGAAGAAGGCGAGCUCGAGACAGAAUGGCUGCAAGCGGCCGGGCUCGGCUCGCUGGCCGCGCCGUUCCAGGCCGGGCUCGAAGUGACCGAGGCCCAGUUAGGUGAAGCGGUGAGGCCGCUGCCGAGGGAACAAGCUGCUGCAGUGAGAAGAAGAGUCCGAAGGCUGAACAGGACGGUGAGGCGGCGGCGCGCGGCCUCGAGAGCGCGGAAACCUGAUAUCAGGGAUGUCUUCAGGGACUUAGAGAACUCGAGUGGCAGCGAGCCAAGGUCCCGAAGCGCGACGCCUGACUCCCUGGACUCUUUACCCAGUGGGGGCUCCGGCAGCCCUCCAGUAGAAUGGGCAGACCACACUCCUCCAGAUUUUGUCGACAGUUUCCCCCCAACGGGCACGCACUCGCCUCUCGCCCGCACGCCUUCCGCCCCCGCGGCGCCAAGGCGAGCGCGCCUCUCGCCACCCGCCUUGGAGCCCCCGCUACCCAUGCACGAGCUCUUCAAGCCGAAUGACCUGCAUUGGGCUGAUAUAGCUACGAAUACUGAGGGCAUCGAACUCCUAGGCUACCAAAGAUACGGGACUGUCCAGGGUCCAAGAAUAGGCAAGGAGCGAAUCAACGGAUCAAUAUUGAAGGACAACGACCCUUUCGUCAAGCACACUGUCGUGUCGCGGGCAAAAAGCGCGGCGUCCGUGCAACAACCACUCAGCUUCGAACACAAGUUCAACCUGGACCGGCGGAUGAUGGACCACGAGGAGGAAUGGCCUGAAGAUGGCAGCGUGGUUGAUGUGGAAAGCAUCGGCGAGCCCCAGCUAAAGCGACUGCCGCAGCUGUUAUUGCUGGAGCUGACUGCACUCUUCGACAAGUACUCGCUGCCCUUCCACAAGAGGAAACCGCCCAAGAAGAAGAGGAAAGAAGAGGGCUCAGUAUUCGGAGUCUCCCUGGAAACUCUGUUGCGCAAGGACAUGCUGCUCUGGGAGGAAACCUGGAGCUCCGUGCCUGGAGUGCUGAGGGCACUAGCUGGCGCGCUGGCCAAGCGGGCCACGGACGAAGGUCUGCUGAGAGUAGCUGGGAACAAACACAAGAUCGAAGCGCUCUGCCAACUGAUAGAGCGUUCCUGGUACACGGAAAACCGCGGCGCUGUAGAAGCAGCAUUAGCCGUAGCGAGCAGCCACGACCUGGCGGCAGUCUUCAAAAGGUUGCUGAGGGCGUUACCGCAGCCCCCGCUCACGCAGGAGCUGAUGAGGCUCUUCUAUCAGACGUAUGCUCUAACAGGCCCUACGCAAGGCCGCGCCCUCAACCUAUUAGUGCUCCUUCUGCCGGCCGAGCAGCGCGCCACGCUGCGCUGCAUCCUCACGCUCGCGCGCGACAUAGUUGCGCACGCGCACACCAACAAGAUGAGCGCGCACAAUGUCGCAAUGAUCAUCGCGCCCGCGCUGUUCCCGCCCAGCCUCCUGAUAAAGCAGUCAGACAGCCUGGAGAUGCAGCUAGCGACAGCUGCGAACAGCUGCCACGUCACAGAAGCCCUGAUGCGCUGGUGCGAGCAACUCUGGAUCAUACCGGCCUCCAUCCUCGUCGAGUCACAGAGGAAACCCUCCCCGCACCGCAGGAACCACAUCUGACUAUCCUUUAAGGAGAAAGGAAUACAUCCUUUGCGGUAGUGAUGUCACAAAACUCACAAAAGCGCACUUUUGUGGUCAUAGUUUCGACUAUGCAUGGAGAUCAAGGUGCGAUGACAAAAUGGCGCCCGAAAACAAGAUGGCGGGUCAGAUUUGACGCUGUGCGUCAAAGCGUGCAUGUUACUUUUGUAAUGCAUGCUUUUUAUAUUUUGGUUUUAUAUAAAUCGCAUCGAGAUUAUAAAUAAUAUAUUUGGUUAUAUUUGAAUCGUGACCAAAUGUUUGGUUAUUUACUCCACUAUUUUUAUAAGUUUUUUAAUUUUGACGCAAUAAAAUUAGGGGUCAUUCGCACUUAUCGAUCAGUGCAUAUUGAACAAUUUUAUUAUUAAUGAGUGAUAUGAUAUUUAAUAUUAACGCAUAUAUACUCCGUGUUAAUAAUGUUAACGCAUUUAGUGUGGUAUAUAAUUGUGAAUGGGAUGCCAAAUAUUCAUCUUGUGUUAGUGAAAUAACCAGUUAUAAUAGUUAAUGUUAAAUUCCGUUAAUCGUGUCCUCUUAUAAAAAUGUUUGCAUUAAAAUAUGUCAUUGGUUAGUUAUUACAUUGUUUAGGCGAAUGGACGAGAAUCCAAGAAUAAAUAAGUAGGAAAGUUUUACAGUAGAACCUGUUAAUUCGGACCAGACGGACAACGCUCAGGCCGUUGGUGUUUAUGUGUCGCUUAACUUCAAACUCGGGUAAGUCCAUUUUGCUUUAAG